UUCGCGACCACCCCGACACCUCUUUUCUCUCCACUUCUUCUUCUUCGUCGCUUUCGGCCUAACCCAUAGCAGCACAGGUCUCGUUCCCUGCUCGCGAUGCCCUCCUUCCCUUGGCCCCCCUCCCUCCUGGCGCUUCGCGCCGGCAAUCGCCUCCUCCCGAGCGUUGCCCUCGGCCUCACACCAACAGCAGCAACAACACUCCGUUUGCCGACGCUGUCAGCUUUCCAGUGCCACCACCUCUCCUCCUCGCCACAGCGCCAAUCACCCGAGGCAACACUGCUUCUCUCCGCUGGACGGCCUCGCCGCACGGCUAUUCCGACUCUGCCGACACGCACUCAACGCCAUGCAAACAUGUACCAGGGAAACCCUAACCAAACGCCUAUAAGUCUCAGACCCAUCAAGGCGAAUAUCAUCAACCCCGAUUUACCGCUGCCAUUAUCGCGAACACCGUUCCCUAUCGCGUUUAACCCACUGCGACUGAACUGGACGAAUUUCAAGAACUAUGUAUGGCGGCAGGGCAGGCUGAAGUUCAACGAUUGGAGGAGCUACUGGAAGAUCAAUGAAAAGGUCUCUGGGCACAACGCGAAGGAUCUGGCGAACCUGGCGGAGCAGAAGUACAUUCUGAUGAACGAGGCGUUUGCGAGUGGAGACGAGAUUGAGCUUAGCAAACUAGUUGAAGAGUCCAUGUUGGCGACCCUAAGAAAGGAAAUCAAAGCCGCAAAAGAGAUCGGCGGCUACCGCACGUGGAAGGCGCACGGCAACUUUGGGAAGCCAAAGACUUUGCGCAUCUACAUCCUCCAGGCCGAUCUUGGCCAGGGUAGAAUCCGCGAGAUCGUCCAGGCUACCGUGAGGGUGUCGGUUAAGCAGUCGAUUGUAUGGAACGACAACCGAGGGAACCGCAUCAGUGGCGACCCCGAUGCGGUCAACGACAGGAUCACUGAAUACAUUGUCCUGCAGCGGACGCUGCCCACCGCCGAUGAGGUCAAGCUGACAGGCAAGCAGAGCAAGACGCAGGGGUGGAAGAUUGCGGGGAAGGUGCCUGCCCCGUGAGAGGGCGAGGGGGGUUGGCGCCGUGUAGUGCUAAACAUUGGGAGAGUGGAACAUGAGGAGUAGCAGGUUGGCCGUGUUGUCAAAGAUAUUCUCGACAAUAUGCUGCUGGGCUGGCAGGAAGGUUGCCUGAGGUGGUAGAAAGGUUGAUACCGUAGCCAUGCUAGUUCGGUAGCUACCUGGAUAUCAGAUGUCGUGCUGUUCGUGAGCACCUACGGCGUACUGUACAUUGUAUGUAUUGCGCGCGAGAUCGGAAGUAGCCGACGAUGGUCAGAUCGUAUAUACUGUAGAAUGGUUGUGUAUAGAAAGAGGUAUAGAAAAUGGAGGUACC